CCUCCCCCCUGCGGUGUUUGGAGAGGAGUGUGGCGGAGAGAGUCCUACAGCUGAGGUGAUCUGACACACCGAGGAGGCGCCGUCAAUGAGGGAGCGAGCGGAGGAGUGAGCCGGUCUGUGCGCAAAAAACAAAAAACCAAAACAAAAAAAAAAAACGCCCGAGGGUGGCGAGGAGGGACGAAGAGGAAAAUACAUACUUAAAUAUAUAAAAAGAAGUAAAUAAACCCUUCUCUGCUCUGACAAGGAGGACAGCUCUUCUUCCUCUUGCAGCGCAAAGAUGGGGAACCGGGGAAUGGAGGAUUUGAUUCCUCUGGUGAACCGCAUGCAGGAUGCAUUCUCCGCCAUCGGACAAAACGCAAACCUGGACCUGCCGCAGAUCGCCGUGGUGGGCGGCCAGAGUGCGGGGAAGAGCUCGGUGCUGGAGAACUUCGUGGGGAAGGACUUCCUUCCCCGUGGUUCUGGCAUUGUGACCCGUCGUCCUUUGGUUCUGCAGCUGAUGAACUGCCCCACAGAAUAUGCCGAGUUCCUCCACUGCAAGGGAAAGAAGUUCACAGAUUUUGAUGAGGUCCGGCAGGAGAUCGAGGCAGAGACCGAUCGUAUAACCGGAGCCAAUAAAGGAAUUUCCCCGGUGCCCAUCAACCUGCGGGUCUACUCUCCUCACGUGCUGAAUCUGACACUGGUGGACCUGCCAGGAAUGACCAAGGUGCCGGUGGGCGACCAACCUGCGGACAUCGAGUCACAGAUUCGAGAUAUGCUGAUGCAGUUCGUCACCAAGGAGAACUGCCUGAUGCUGGCCGUGUCCCCGGCCAACUCCGAUCUGGCCAACUCUGACGCUUUAAAGAUUGCCAAAGAGGUCGACCCUCAGGGUAUGAGGACCAUCGGUGUGAUCACCAAACUGGAUUUGAUGGACGAGGGGACGGAUGCUAAAGACAUUCUGGAGAACAAGCUGCUUCCACUCAGGAGAGGUUACAUCGGUGUGGUUAACAGAAGCCAGAAAGACAUAGAUGGAAAGAAAGAUAUUACUGCUGCUUUGGCUGCUGAGAGGAAGUUCUUUCUCUCCCAUCCUGCCUAUAGACACCUGGCUGAACGCAUGGGCACCGCCUACCUCCAGAAAAUACUCAAUCAGCAACUGACCAACCACAUCCGGGACACCCUGCCGGGUCUGCGAGCCAAACUGCAGAGUCAGCUACUCUCCAUAGACAAGGAAGUGGAAGAGUACAAAAACUUCAGACCCGACGAUCCGUCUCGUAAAACCAAGGCUCUCCUCCAGAUGGUGCAGCAGUUCUCUGUGGACUUUGAGAAGUGUAUAGAAGGUUCCGGGGACCAGAUCGACACCGCCGAGCUGUCGGGUGGUGCCAGGAUCAACCGCAUCUUCCAUGAACGCUUCCCCUUCGAACUGGUCAAGAUGGAGUUUGACGAGAAAGAACUCCGCAAGGAAAUCAGCUACGCUAUCAAGAACAUCCACGGCAUCAGAACUGGCCUCUUCACCCCGGACAUGGCCUUUGAGACCAUUGUGAAAAGGCAGAUUGGGAAGAUAAAAGAGCCUUGCACCAAAUGUGUGGACAUGGUCAUUUCUGAGCUAGUCAAUACGGUUAGGCAGUGUACCAAGAAGCUCGCUCAGUAUCCUUUGCUGAGAGAGGAGAUGGAGAGAAUCGUCACUCAGCACAUCAGAGACAGAGAAAAUCGCACCAAGGACCAGGUGCUGCUGUUGAUAGAUAUUGAAUUAUCCUACAUGAACACCAACCAUGAGGACUUCAUUGGAUUUGCCAACGCUCAGCAGAGGAUCAACCAAAUGAGCAAGAAGAAGGCAGCCGGCAAUCAGGAUGAAAUCAUGGUGAUCAGGAAGGGCUGGCUGACCAUCAACAACAUCGGCAUCAUGAAAGGAGGAGCCAAGGAGUACUGGUUUGUCCUCACCGCCGAGUCUCUGUCCUGGUACAAGGACGAUGAGGAGAAGGAGAAGAAGUACAUGCUGCAGGUGGACAACCUGAAGCUGCGAGACGUGGAGAAAGGCUUCAUGUCCAGCAAGCAUAUUUUCGCCCUCUUCAACACCGAACAGAGAAACGUGUACAAGGACUACCGUCAGCUGGAGCUGGCAUGUGAGAGCCAGGAAGACGUCGAUGCGUGGAAGGCCUCUUUCCUCAGAGCUGGAGUUUAUCCUGAAAGGGUCACGGACAAGGAAGGAAAGAGUGAUGGCGGUGAUGAAAACGGCUCCGACAAUUUCAUGCACAGCAUGGAUCCUCAGCUGGAGCGGCAGGUGGAGACCAUCCGCAACCUGGUCGACUCCUACAUGUCCAUCGUCAACAAGACUGUUCGUGACUUGAUGCCGAAGACCAUCAUGCACCUCAUGAUCAACAAUACGAAAGAGUUCAUCAAUGCUGAACUGCUGGCCCAGCUGUACUCAUGUGGUGACCAGAACUCUCUGAUGGAGGAGUCUCAGGAACAGGCCCAGCACCGCGAUGAGAUGCUGCGGAUGUACUUCGCUCUAAAGGAAGCUCUCAGCAUCAUCGGCGACAUCAGCACAUCCACCAUCACCACUGCCAUGCCGCCACCUGUGGACGACUCCUGGCUGCAGGUGCAGAGGGGCGGCUCCGGAGGAAGGUCUCCAGCCACCAGUCCAACUCCAAACCGCCGGGCCCCACCAGGACCUCCUGCCCGUCCAGGCUCUCGUGGACCUCCACCUGGGCCUCCUCCCGCUGGAGGACCUCCAGUCCCUUCUCGCCCCGGAGCUUCUCCGGAUCCUUACAGUGGACCUCCACCCACCGUGCCCUCCAGGCCUAACCGUGCACCCCCAAGUGUGCCCAGAAUCACUAUCACUGACCAAUGAGGACUAACAUUUCUGUCGGAGACCCCCGCCUUCUCCAACCCACUAGACCUCUCAGCUCCUCCCUCCCUCCUCCACUGUGUCCUCCCCCUCUGGAUGAGGGGCCACAGACAACAGCGCCACCUUCCCGUCGUGUUCUGCCUCAUCCGACCUGCACCGACUUCCCUCCUCCCGCCUCUUCGCCCUCGCAACAAGCCAUGUCCUUCCUUUGGUUCCCCUCAGCGCUCUGUUGUCACGCGGAGAUGCGGAAUACUUGAAACACACUUGCAUGAAUUACGUUCAAACACCCUCAGAAUUUAAACAAACUGUGUAGAGACUCUGAAACAACUAGUGUACGCGCAACACACACACCUGCUUUCAUACACACACAUAUAUGGUAUAUAGGAGCAAAUAUGCAGAAUAUUUUUCCUGCUUUUAAGGUAAGGGGUUACACAGAUUAGCAUGAUGAUACGCCUGAGUAUUUCUAAUGGGUAUUCUGACUUAUUUUUCCUUCAUUAAUGCUUUAUCUCAUGUUUUUUUCAUGCUUCUCUCUCUCUGUGAAGAAAUACUUCACCUGAAAUUCAAAUUUUAUAUCACCUUAUUGUGCUAAAAAUACACAAAAAAACAUCCAAUGUGUCAGUUAUUUUUGCAGAAAAUGGAUGUAAAUCUUUAGUUCUGUUUUUGCAGACUGGUCUCACAUUGUACUAGUAGCUUGACGCAUGUUUUGAAAUUGUAAAAACUUCCCUGCAGCUCUGCUUUCUAUGACUUCUUCAUACGUAUCGUUCCUCCUUUGCAGCAUUUCAGGCUGAAAGUAGCAAACCAGAGGUGAAGUAUUUCUUUAAGCUGUCUCAUUUCUCCCUGCUGUAUUCAGGUUUAGAUCUGUGAUUGUGGUCCCUUGAAAAUCACAGACGAGGACACACUUUUAAUUACAUUUAAUCACAACUAAACACCCAAAGAGAAAAGAACGCUGGGCAUUUACGCAUUCAUCUGACAAGUUAAUGCCAGAAGUUUUGAGCUGGAGAUGGUGAUUUCCCCGGUGUCUUGUCGCCUUUAUGAUUUCAGGAUGUUUCUCACGUGUCAAAUAUGAUCCUCUUUUAUUGUCUCUCUAUUUUUUUCUCUUUUAAUCUCAACCCUCCUGUUGUCCUCAUUUACGGACACCAAAAAAGAUUGUUUCCUUGUCUGAAAAAAAUCUAAAAAUUCAGCAAAAAAUUAAAAAAUUUCUGAAAAUUUGUCAAACCUUCAGGAAGAAAAUUCCAAUAAUUCCUCAAAUUUUAUUAAAAAAAAAAUAAAAAAUUUGGCAAGAAAAUUCUUGUAAAUAUUUUCAAAAAAUUAGUAAAAAUCCUCCAAAAAAUCCAAAAAAUAUCUAAAGUGAUUACACAUAUAUCAGUAAAACCUCUAAUAUUUUCUAUAAGAACAUUCACAUAAAAAUCAACCAAAAUCCAGCGAAUUUCGCUGGAUUUUGGUUGAUUUUUAUGUGAAUGUUCUUAAAGAAACAUUUUUAACAUUUCUUUUCUCCACCAAAAAAUAUUCAAAAAAUUCUCAAAAAUGUGGACAUGAGAAGUUUCACAGUGAAAUUCUUUUUUCUCCAAAUUAUUAAACUUUAAACCGGGUCAAUUUCGACCCGCGGGACGACAUGAGGGUUAAACAGCCGGCCAAACAAUGGCGGCUCCUCUCGCUCUUAGUGCCCCCUGCCACCAUUGAACUCUUAGAAGAAAACGCCUUUUACCUCCUCUCUUCUGAUCUUAACUUUCCACCACAACUAUGAAACACCUCUUCCUCCAUCGCUGUUAUGAGGGAGGGUUUGAAUGAAGUAAGGGAGGAAUGGACAGACUUUUUAUCCUUGCAUUUACUCCUCCUCAACCUUGCUCUGUUGCAGUAGGACAGGAGGGGAAAUCAUCUGAGAGAUCUUCUGUUUUGUUUUGUUUUUUGUUCUCCUGUGCAGUAGAUUAACACACAACUGUCACAACCACCUGCUGUUGUCUGUGUUUCCACAGAAUCUAUGCAAGAAAGUAUUUUCUGACAUGUAAAGGAGGCCUCCCGUGGCGCGUUUCUUCCUCUCGUUUUCACAUAAAACGUUGUUUCAGCAUUACCUUAUGGAGGCUGGACCUAAAUACAUUGUGCAAUAUAAUAAUAUAUACAUCUAUAUAUAGGAUGUCCUUCUGCAAACAUUACAAUACUCUUGGAAACAUUUCCAAGCCUGAGAGGAAUCUGUCGCCUGGGUGGCACCUUGAGACUGUUAGAAAGCUCCUUAUACGUGCUUUUUAUUCGCAGAGAGCGAGGAAUAUGCGUCAAAAAUUUCUGAUAUUCUGACAGGAAAACUUUCCAGGUUGAUGAUUUGUCAUUUUUUUUGUUCCUCUUUUGUUCUUUUCUUCCUUCUCUCAGUGGUCACGGGGGUGAGUGAGAACAUGAAAACAGCCACAGUCUCUAUGCAUAAAUCUAGCUCCUCGUCGUGUGUGCCCCCCCCCCCCCCCCACAUCGCUGUGAGUCCAUCCCACGUUUUCACCCCCCCCCCUUUUUUUCUACCACCGAGCUCCACUGUCGGCGUGACGUGUCGUAUUUUGACCCCCCCAACUCGCCAGCUACGAGAAAAAUCCGCCUCCCAGACGAUGUCACUCUAGCCAUUUAAACACCUUUUUCAAACACCGACCCCCUUUUGUGCAUCACGGCAAUGCAAAGCAAGCAUAUUCUACUUCUUAUUUAACGGUAAAUAGUUGAUUCUGGACAUAUCUUAAUGUGUUAUUAUGUAUAUGUGUGGUGCAUCUUAUUGGACUUGUACUUCCACUGUCUAGAGAAUUUAGCCUGCAAUGUAUGAAACUGCUGAAUAUUUAAAUUAUUGUUAUGAAUACAUGAGUAUAAGGAAAUAAUGUUUGAAAAACCUUCAAAAAAAUAGAGUGAUGUAUAUGGACGUUGGCAGGUUGUUUGAUACCUUUUGCUUGUAGCCGAGAGGGUGUUUUUCUGUUGUUUUUCUUGCCCUCUCUGUAUUUAGAAUAGCAGGGAGGGACGGUGUGAAUGUGGGAAGUCCUGCAGAAACCUGAUCCUGCAUCUUAUUCAAACUGAUGGAACAAUGAGUUCAACCUGCAGGACUGCUGUGCUCUGUCAACACAAUAAAAACCUCAGUGUAAUGA